UAACGUUAGAGAAUGCUUUUAGCAAUGGAGUACUUGAACACUCUUCUCUCCGUAUUUCUCCUGUUUCUUUCGAGAGUUUUAGCCGAAGGCGAAACUAAAGGAUACCUUCGUAGAGAGCAUUCCGUUUUUAAGGGUGCUGGUCCUUCUAUUCCUUACUGGGAUUUCCUUGGAAGUACAUUUGUUUCCACCAACUACAUUAGAUUAACACCUGACCAUCAGAGCAAGAAAGGGGGAUUGUGGAAUAAUGUGCCCUGUCACGUCAAAGACUGGGAAAUGUUAGUUCAUUUUAAAGUACAUGGAGUUGGUGAUACAUUAUUUGGAGAUGGAUUUGCAUUUUGGUAUUCCAAAGACAGGAUGCAAGAAGGUGAUGUAUUUGGUAGCAAGGACUAUUUUUAUGGUCUUGGAGUGUUCUUUGACACCUAUAGUAACCACAAUGGUGAACACCAGCACGAUCACCCUUUCAUUUCUGUAAUGGUUGGAAAUGGAUCUCUUCACUAUGAUCACGAUCGGGACGGAACACACAGUCAAGUGGCUGGCUGCUCUCAAAGUUUUCGUGGGAGAGGACAUGAUACCUAUGCACUGAUCCGUUAUUCUGGAACACAGAAUCGUCUGACAAUACUGGUUGAUGUAGACAACAAGAAUGAAUGGGAGGAUUGUGUAGAUGUGAGUGGUGUGAAGCUGCCUACUGGAUUGUAUUUUGGAACAACAGCAGCAACAGGCCAACUAGCAGACAACCACGACAUCAUAUCCUUGAAGUUCUACGAAACUGAAAUACCAGUGUCGUCUGAUUCUGAAGGGGUUGAUGAAGAUCGAACCAAGAUAGUCCCUUUUGCAUCUGGUGCCGAACCGUUUAGAGAACGCGUGGAGGACGUACAAGGCAGUUUUUCCUCAAAGACUGUAAAGGUCUUGAGCUGGCUGUUCUGGUUUGCUCUUGUUGCUGUCUGUGUAGUGGGGGUUUCUAUUUACGUGUACCAGAAACGUCAAGAAGAUUCCAGGAAAAGAUUUUACUGAGUGGCAAUGAACGCCGGUCUUAGAACUACGGCAUUUCAUCUACUUCAAAACUCGAAACCCAAAGCAGGGUUCGUGCGGAGACUCCAAUUCUUGAAAUAUUACGGCAUUCUGCCAAAGCCUUAAGGGUGAUGGAGAAUAGUGUGAUGUCUUUUCUAAGGUACAAAGAGUGUUUCAUAAACUGAUGCAUGUAAUCUUUUUAACGUAGCAGAACUCAAGCAAAUUGUCUCGGCCAAAUUGUUUUGUGAACGAGAUCAGAGUGUUUACAAUCUUGGAUCGAACCCUCGGCAUUCUUAUUUUUCUUAGGCCUUGUCAUUUGAUUCACAACUUUGAGUGUGAAAACUCAAAUAAUUGUUAGAAAAAAAAAGUAGUGAAUUUUAUACAAAAAAUACGCACUUCUUCUAGCAAAGGGAAUGUAUUUCCCGCUAUGGGAUCAAGAUGAUUUAUGUCACAGACUUUCCUCAAUCUUGAAAACACAAAGAGAUGUUUAUUUAGACAAGAAAUAUCAAGGUGACUGACAACUACUAGCUGAAAAUUAGGAAUUUUUUUAUCGUCUUUGUGUAGAACGGAAGAAGUGAUAAUUUAGGCAAAUCGUUAAUAUUUAUACAUAACUACUCGCUAUUUAGAAAUUAUUGCUUAAUCCGAACUGCACAAGUGAUAAGAAGGACGGUUAGAAGAGCAAAGUUCAAUUGAGUGUCUAAAGUAAUCUCCGUUCGCGUUGGUUUCGCUCCAAGAUUGGUGUAAGAAUUUCGGGUCACCCUGCUGCCAAUCAGGUGCGAGAUAGAAACCAAUCACGACUUGAGAGUGGAUACCGUACCCAGUCUAUCGCGGCAAACGGGCUAAGAAAUGGAGCGCAUUUUAAAUGUAUCGAAAACUAAAAUCAAAGUAAUCAGAAGAUCCAAUCAAAAAAGGAAAAUAUCAGACAGAGCCAAUCACAGGUAUUUUCAUGUGCACUGCCUGAAGCGCGGGAAAUUGUUUGAGCGCCCAGGAGACAGCUUAUCAUAGUGGUAUUCAAUAGUAUUUGUAAGGAAGUUAUCCACUUAGGCGGGGGAGGGUGGGGUGUUAUCAGAACAAGGGCGAAUCACAAUUUUUUUUUUUAAUCAUUGAAUGUUUGCGUUGCUUUCCCCUCUCCGCAUCCCGCCAACUAAGGGAUUUACCUCUUAAAGUACGUUCAGACGCUUAACUUAAAGUAAGGCACAAAUUUAAGACUGGGUAGAAUAUUACCUCCACAAAAUUAAUGAAAUGCGAAGUUGGAGAGUGUUAGCUUUGCACUGAUAAAUUUUAAUUAGAAUUCCUUCUAGUUCUUUGUAUCGCCCGUAUUACUAAUAAACUGUUACAUAUCCUUGUUA